UUCUAUGGCCGUACGUACGGCAAUUUAGAAUUUGUCGUACUUUUUUUAGCGCGUUCUUUAUCUUUGGGCUUGGCUGAUAAGGAAUGAGGGAAAUGUGAUUCAUAGAAAUGAUGGGUUUUUGUUUUUUUUUGCGCAGAGAUAAAUUCAAUAUGGUGACUACAUUCGUUGUUAGUACCAUUUCCAUUUCCUCUUACGAUUGCCGAUCCUUUUGUGUGACCAGGUAGUCGGUCCCUGACGAGGGUUGAAAAGUGAAUCGACUGGCCUGUGCAUGUGCAUGCAUUUCGAAUGCAUUUCAUUUUUCAGUUGUUCGUCAGCAUCAGGUUAACUAUGACCUCAAAUACUACGCUAUACUACACAGCUGUAGAAGAUAUGUUCAAUGAACUAUUAACUAUAGAGGUGGAUCAGUUGGACACCAAGAAUAUGGACGAGCCCCAUUCGGAGCCAUUGGUGAACACCCCGAAGCGUUGUGUCCGGAUACGUCAGCAUAAUCUGUUUGACAAGGACUCGACAGAUUUUGUGAUUUGUCGCCGAUCCCCGAAGACCGAAUCAGGGUUUGAGUUGGGGACGAAGCUGUCGCCCAGUAGACAUCGUGAACUCCAAGCUAACCACAUCCUUCGUAUGCGCAUUGAGAGAACCGAAAAUGCGCUGAAACCACGGCGACGUCUGUCCAUGAGGAUUUAAGUCGACCAACGAUCUUCUCAUCUGAUCGCAGUGCUUCCGUGUUAGUUUAAUUAUUAUUUACUAUAUAAGAUUUUCUAACUAUUGUAUUAAUAUAGUGCAGAGUUUGUGUAUAUAUAAGUAACAAACGGCAUUAAAAUAAAU